AUCAGAGGUAUUGUCAAAUAGACGCCUUCCCCUCACACAUCAUGUGAGCCCUGGAUUUAAUUUUGAUGCCCACGUAAGGAGGGUGGGAGGCGGCGAAGCCUCACUCCUGCAUUGCCCCCCAAGCGUGGGUGAGAGCCCGAAUUCUCCUCCAACUCUGUCUGGGCGAGGUUGGUCUGGCAAGCGGACUAGCAGGCGGGUGUGGUACAGAAACUGCUGCAGCUGACCUGUCAAAUCAGGGAGGCUGGAGGCUGGAUGGAACAGGCUCAUCUGCUUAGCUGUUUUGAUUAGAAAGGACCAGGCGAAGAGAUUAAUCACUGCAGAUAUCGGGGCUGGGAGACAGACGCUAGAAGAUGCUUAGAGAGGUACCAAGGAGUAAAGUCUAGACAGCCGUGAAGAUGAGCAACGAAACCACCCCCGAGGCAGUCUCGUCCCCCCCAGUCUCGUCCCCGCCCCCCCACGGGCAGCGUUACUUCGAUCGGUUCUCUGAGGAUGACCCGGAAUAUCUGCGCAUUCGGAACAUGGCAGCUGAUCUCCGGCAGGACUUCAACAUGAUGGAGCAGAAGAAACGAGUCACCAUGAUCCUACAGAGCCCAUCUUUCAGAGAGGAGCUGGAGAGCCUUAUCCAAGAACAAAUGAAGAAAGGGAACAACUCCAACAUCUGGGCCCUGCGACAGAUCGCGGAUUUCAUGGCCAGCACCGCUCCCUCCGUCUUCCCCAGCUCUCCCAUCAGUCUCUCCACGGUGACGCCCAUCAACGAUCUCCAUAGCACCGAGUCACUGGCCCUGGCGAAAGGGGAGCGGCUCAUGCGUUGCAAGGUUGGCAGCAUCUACCGACUCCUGGACCUGUAUGGUUGGGCGCAGCUCAGCAACACCUAUGUCACGCUGCGUGUCAGCAAAGAACAGGAUCACUUCUUAAUCAGCCCUAAAGGUCUUGCGUGUAGUGAAGUCACCGCUUCUAGCCUGAUUAAAGUGAACAUCCUGGGCGAAGUGGUGGAGCAAGGCAGCACCAGUUUCCCCGUCGACGUGCAAGGAUUCAGCCUGCACUCAGCCAUCUACGCGGCCAGACCCGAUGUCAGAUGCAUCGUCCACUCACACACGCCUGCCGCUGCCGCGGUGUCUGCCAUGAAAUGCGGCAUCCUCCCUGUCUCCCACGAUGCACUGCUGCUGGGCAGCAUGGUGUACUUCGAUUUCAACGGCGAGAUGGAGGACGAGGCGGACAGGAUCGAGUUACAGAAGUGCCUUGGACCAACCUGCAAGAUCCUGGUGCUGCGAAAUCACGGUGUGGUCACGCUAGGCGACACAGUGGAGGAAGCUUUUUAUAAAACCUUUCACUUGCAGGCUGCUUGUGAGAUCCAGGUCUCUGCCUUGGGCAGCGCGGGGGGAGCCGAGAAUCUGAUCGUGCUGGAGCGGGAGAAGUACCGGCCCCACGACGUUGGCUCAGUCCGAUGGGCCGGGAGCACGUUCGGCCCCAUGCAGAAGAGCCGCCUGGGAGAGCAUGAAUUCGAGGCGCUCAUGAGAAUGCUGGACAACCUGGGCUACCGAACAGGCUACACCUACCGGCACCCCUUUGUCCAGGAGAAAACCAAGCAUAAAAGCGACGUGCUGAUUCCUGCCACCGUGACGUCGUUUGUCUUUGAGGAGGAGGCUGCUCCCAUUGCCACCCUCCGGCAGCACGCCCAGAAGCAGCAGAAGGAGAAGACCCGCUGGCUAAACACACCCAACACCUACAUGCGGGUGAACGUUGCUGAGGAGAACCAGAGAAGCGCAGGCAGCCAGCGGACCAAGACCACGUGGCUGAAGGCCGACGAGGUGGAAAAAGCCAGCAGUGGGACCCCGAUCCGAAUUGAAAACCCCAACCAAUUUGUGCCUCUCUACACAGACCCGCAGGAAGUGCUGGAAAUGCGGAACAAGAUUCGGGAGCAAAACCGCCAGGAUGUGAAGUCGGCAGGACCCCAGUCGCAGCUCUUAGCCAGCGUGAUAGCAGAGAAGAGCAGGAGUCCGUCCGCGGAGAGUCAGCUGGCUUCCAGAGCCGACACGGAGGCCAAAGACCUCUUGCCGGAGGAGCUGCCUCCUGAGCCAGAGCCUCCCAACCCGUUCAGCCAGCUCACCGACCAAGAGCUGGAGGAGUACAAGCAAGAGGUGGAAAGAAAGAAGCUGGGACUCGAAGGGGAGAGAGACGCCAGCGUGGAGGCCUCUCCCGUGAAGUCCCCCUCUGCUUCCCCAGAGCAAAGUCCCACAAAGCCUCCACCAAAGAGCCCACCUGUGUCCCCCACCAAGUCGUCAGAUGGUGCCAAGCCGACCGACACCAGCCAAGCACUUUCCGAUCCCGCUGCUGCUGGUGAGAAGGCGCAGCCGGCAGCAGUGGUCGUGAACGGGAAAGAUGACGACCAAACCACAGAAGACGCCCUCAGCAAAGGAAUGAGCCAGAUGACCACAACCACAGAUGCAGACACAGAUGCCCCAAAGGACAAAACCGAGUCAAUUACAAGUGGCCCUGUGUCCCCAGAAGGCUCCCCAUCCAAAUCUCCCUCCAAGAAGAAGAAGAAAUUCCGGACCCCAUCCUUCCUGAAAAAGGGAAAAAAGAAGGAGAAAGUUGAAUCUUGAUUCCACUCCAGACCACCUCCUCUUCCUGCUGCUUCCUUCCUUCUCCCCCACCCACCAAGGUCACCAGAGUACAAGAGGAAGCUGAUAGCCAAUAGCUGCCUCUGCUAGAACGGUUUGUGUGAAAUAGAACCAGAGGUCGAAGCGCCCAGGAUGACUCCUGUGUAAUACGUGUGGCUGAGACAACACCUAGACUUUGGGGGAAAUGCGGCAAGUUUUCUGGGUGCUCCUGGCACGAGUUUUCUCGUUCCCUGUUAAACCAGUUUUUGAAGAUGUAAACAAGCUUAGGAAUGAUCCUUUCUGCUCAAGGGAGCUAGUCACUAAUUUCACAAGCAGUAAAACUGGUUCUUUGGACUUGUUCCUCCUCACAGCACUCGCACUCCAAAUCACUGAUCUCCAAUGGGCUGAGAGUUUUCCACGUGCUGUUUCCUUUACGGCCCACAUGGCGACCUUUUAGAAAGAAUAUGGUGCACUAAGUCCAGAGCAGACCUUUGUGAUGACGACGCUCAAUUCCUUUUUUCCAGUUCUGAAGUGGAAUCCUGGCUAAUUACUUUGUUGCAAUUCAAUGUAUAAUCUCAAGUGGUGAAGCUCCAACUUUAUCAAAGCCCAAGGAUCACUCUCCUGGUAGGAAGAGUCAGGGUGGGAACUCAUGACCCUUUGCUUUUCAGGUGAUAACAGUACACGUGAUUCAACAAGCCAUUUUCAGGUUCUUUUCUAGCUGCAGUGGUGACCCCAAGUUAUUUAAGGAUCCAUUUGCUGCAACAGUGACACCUCUUGGAAAUGACUCUUGUGUCUCAGUCAGUGGGGAAAGACACAAAUCUCUCUCCCACAAUAACACAUGAGAUAAUGUGCCCCACUAUAAGUAUAGUGGGAAAAGCCAGGAAGGAAAAAGCCUCCGGGAACUGACGGUGUUAAGUUUAAGAAGCAAGAAAAUUUUAGUCACUAAGUGCUACUUCAUUAGUUUGGAAUAAAUGUACGCUGGCGAUCUCACUGCUGCACUAAUCACUGCAAAAUGAAAAGCGUAUAGAAAAUGUGACUUCACCCUCCCUUGCUGCGCUACUAAUUAAUUCCACUUAGGCGAGGCUGUGAUGCAGAGAGGGAUAUUCAGCAGACGGAGAACUGUUAGCACUUUUCAUUGUGUUCAGCUUCCUCUCGCUCAGUACAGGCCAUUCUGGACUGGCAGUGACCAGAGGGUUUGAGAGCAUUCCUUCUUUCCCUCCCCCCACUCUCCUACCGACUCCUGACUGAAAAUGAAACAUGAGUUCACACCUGUGAUGUGUCAUUGGCAAAUGGCUUAGCCCACCCCACCCCCACCCCCGCUCUCCAAUGCUCAGCCCCUCUUCCAAAUAAGACCAUGUUCCCAACAGACAGGGAUUAUUACCAUUCCCGGUUUCAGAGAACCCUAGAAAAGUGGGGCCAGAAGGGGCUUUGAGAGGUCAUCUCAGGCUCGAAUCCAACCCCAAUGCUAAGCUGGAUUAAAUAAACAUUGGCCACCCCUGGCAGAUGUUUUUCCAACCUAAUCUUAGAAGCCUCCGGUAAUGGGGAUUCCACAACCUCCCACAGUAACUUGUUCCAGUGCUUAGCCAUCCAUCCGGUUAGAAAGGCUGAGCUACUAUCUAAUCUGCCAUGCCAGAGUUAAAGGAGAGGAACAGGCCAGGGUUCCUCUAUCAGUUUUAAGAUUCUGGCAUUGAGGAUGCUAAAUAAGCAAUGAGACCUUGAUCUUACCCCAUUGAAAUAGAGUUUUUCCAUUGGUUUAAAUGAGAGCUGGGUCAGACCCUGAAGGCGUAGGGUGGCUGUUCUCAAAGUAUGGGCUACUGUUAGUCCACAGAAUGGCACUUGGAGAACCAGGUGAUGGGGCUGAGGGGAGGCUUGAGAAUCUGGGAGAGGAGGUGGUCCAUGGAGGAAUCUUUCUCUGCCAUUAGGACCACAGAACAGAAGGCUGGAGAACAACUGACUUAGGCCUUGUCUCCAUUUACCGGCACUGUCAAUCUACUUCGACAUACUAUGGCGUCUCAUGUGUGGUAAGGGUCUGCUCUUUUGUUGACGCCUGCUAAUCUUCUGGUCUUGGUGGAGUACUAGUGUCAAUGGGAGUGUGCUCAGAGAUUGAUUUAUCAUGUCUAUACUAGACAUGAUAAAUCAAUGUCUGGUAGAUCGAUCACUGCAGCAGGGAUCCCCGAAGUAGUGUAGACAAGGCUUUAGAAGCAUAUUGUAUUAUUUGUGCUGAUGCGGUGUUCUGGCUCAGGCUCUUCUCUAAUACAUGGUGGGUUAGAAAGCUGCAACUCGGGCCUCUUUGUGUAGUGGCCUGGACUUGAAAUAAAGAAAUUGAAUGCCAGUGAAGUUUAGAUUUGGAUGUGAUUCUGAAUCCAUAGUUUAUGAUCUGGAUUCAUCUCUUGACAAACUGGUUGGAAAAAUUCUGAUAAAAGAUGGAAACCAUUUUCAAUUAUUUUUUCUCUAUUCUUCAACUCUGUGGGUUUUUUUUAGAAUCUCAUCUUUUUUGGAAUGAGGCUGUGGGGACUAGCAGUUAAAGCGUGUGACUGCAUCUUAGGAGAUUCUGAUUCUAUCCCCAGCUCUGUCACUGGCCUGCUGGGUGACCUUGGGUUAGUCUCUGCACCUCAGUUUUCCAUGUGCGUUGAGAGCUGCUGUUGAAAAGUGAACGCUAGGUGUGGUUAUUUAUUAUUCCCUUUCACAGGUACAGAAUGUGUUCAGGCAAAAUGUCAUUGAAAUAAUCAUUGUUUUUAAAAUAAGGUUCUUGUGGGGAAUGCAGGAAUAUGUAUUCUAGCAAGAUCCAUACUGUGACAGGAGUCAGUAUGUUUUUUUCGUAGGACAGAGACCCAUCUCAGCAAUCUUGUAUCGUGGUUUGCCUUAAUAUGGAGUGGUUCGCAAUUUUUAACUAGCACUAAAAUCUUGCUUUGCCAUCUUUUUGGGGGGGCAGGGUUGGGAAUAGCCUGGAGGGGAUGAUAUUUUGAAAACACAAAUUAGCUUUGUUUUAAAGAGCAAGUUACUAGGUGUGCUUGGCAAAUGCGGAAUGUGAAAAACAAACAAAAAACAACAAAAACUCCAUGCCUUUAGAUGUUUUGGUGAUACUCUUGGUGUUUUUGAAUGCUAGAUAAAUUAAAUUCGGGUUCUUAGUGACUUACUUUUCUGUUGCCUAAACCCAUUGUAUGCAUGUUGGUGGGGAGGGGGGGCAGAUUUUGACAAAUUAAAGGCCCAAACCGAUUAACAAUUAUGGUUGGAUUAACAAAUAUGGUUGCUUAUUGCUAGAGAUUUUUAAGGCCAGAAAAGCUCCUAGUCAGUGGUGAAUCUUGGAUCUGCAUCCAGUUCUUGCACCAUAAGGCCAUCUCUUCUGUAACAGCCCUUGGGUUUGACCCUAAUUUGGAACUGAAACCACAUGGCUCCCUUGACUGACCAUGUCCACACAUUCCUAACAAGUGGUGCCGUUUAGGGCCAGACUGGGUGCGUCUACACUGCACCCUUACCUUGAAAUAAGCUACAUAAUUUGUACUAUGCAAAUUGCGUUGCUUAUUUCAAGGUAAUUUCAAAAUACCUUAUUUUGUAACAAGCGGGAGUUACCCAGCGUUGCUUGGGAAAGUGGAGGAACAAAAUUUAGAAAAACAGUAGUCCAUUAUUGUUUUUUGAAUGGUAGAAAAGUUGCACUGAGUUUGAUAGGGAUUAAAAUAUACAUUAAAAAAAAGUAUAAAACCACCAAUUUUACAUGUUAUCAUCAAAAACUGUGUUGUAAACUAUAUUUUUUGUUUCAUUAUUCUUAACAAAUAUGUACACAUUUUUUCCACUUGCAACUCUUGAACAUGCAACAUAGAGUUGUCCAUGUGAAAAGCAAGAUGUCUCCAAAUCAAUUGCAACUACUUUAAGUGACUGUCCCUUGCGCUUUGUCAGUAUACAUUGUUGAAAUAUAAGUUGACAAUUGAUAUAAUUGAGGUGAGGAGCCUGAGGGGAGAGAUAGGGAAGGGAGCCGUGUGCCUGCCACGGCGCCUGAGACCACCCUCCGCUUUCUUGUCCCUCCGCCGGCCUUAGUGAGUGACUGGCCCUGUCGCUUCCUCCGGGAAGCUGCUUCUUCCUGCAUUUCCAAGCUCCGUGCAGCCCUGGGGAGAAGCGUCGGUCUCUCAUCUCUUCCCUCCCACAGUAUCUUAAAACCUUCUCC